GAGAAGAGAAGGCUGCAGUCCAGUUUUGAUUCGAUUUCAUUUCGUUGUUUGGAUCAGAUCUCUUCCUCAUCCUCUCUACUACUACCGACUCUACACGAUUUCACUAUUAUAAACUUCAAACUCCAAUCUUUCUCUCUUUCCUUCCAGACCAUGAAAACAUUCAAGACUAUUAUUUGAAAUCAGGGACUACCCACCAUUCUUUAAGUUUAAGUCAACACGAAAUACAUCAUGGGUUGUUUUCAUUCUAUCUUUGCUCGAGUACCCAUCUCAGAAAAAUCUCAUCCACGAACCCAAUUCAAUCCUCAAAUCUCUAAUGGCACAUCUGCUUCUUCAGCCGCCGUCGUACCUGGAACAGUACCGGUCUUCUCUGAGUUCUCCCUCUCCGACCUUAAAGCCGCCACCAACAAUUUCAGCUCAGAUUUCAUCGUCUCUGAAAGCGGAGAGAGAGCCCCUAAUGUUGUCUACAAAGCCCGUCUUCAAAACAGGCGUUGGAUCGCCAUCAAGAAAUUUACUAAAAUGGCUUGGCCCGAUCCCAAACAGUUUGCUGAUGAAGCUUGGGGUGUAGGGAAGCUGAGACACAAGCGUUUAGCCAAUUUGAUUGGUUAUUGCUGUGAUGGAGAAGAGAGGCUUCUUGUUGCAGAAUAUAUGCCAAAUGAUACCUUAGCUAAACAUUUGUUUCACUGGGAGAAUCAAACGCUUGAGUGGGCUAUGCGAUUGAGGGCCGCCUUAUAUAUUGCAGAAGCAUUAGAAUAUUGUAGAAGUGAAAAUCGACCAUUGUAUCAUGAUCUGAAUGCCUAUAGGGUUCUAUUUGAUGAGAAUGGUGAUCCGCGGUUAUCAUGUUUUGGUUUGAUGAAAAACAGCAGAGAUGGGAAAAGUUACAGUACAAACCUUGCUUAUACACCUCCUGAGUAUCUUAGAAAUGGAAGGGUUACCCCAGAAAGUGUCAUAUUUAGCUUUGGAACAGUGCUUCUGGAUCUUCUUAGUGGAAAGCACAUCCCACCAAGUCAUGCUCUUGACAUGAUACGCGGGAAGAACAUUCUUCUUUUGAUUGAUUCACACUUGGAAGGGAACUUUUCAACCGAAGAGGCUACUGUUGUUCUUGAUUUAGCUUCAAAGUGUUUGCAGUAUGAACCUAGAGAGAGGCCAAACACAAGAGACCUUGUUGAUACUCUUUCUCCAUUGCAGAAUAAAGUUGAUAUUCAAUCUUAUGUGAUGUUGGGUAUACCUAAGAAUGAGGAGGCGCCAGUUACCCCUCAACAUCCUCUUUCACCAAUGGGUGAUGCUUGUCAACGAAUGGACCUCACAGCCAUCCAUCAAAUUUUGGUAAUGACUCACUAUAAAGACGAUGAAGGAACUAAUGAGUUAUCUUUUCAAGAGUGGACACAACAGAUGAAAGACAUGCUGGACGCAAGAAAGCGUGGUGACUUGGCAUUCCGUGAUAAGGAUUUUAAGACUGCUAUAGAUUGUUAUUCUCAGUUCAUAGACGUUGGAACAAUGAUCUCCCCAACUGUAUAUGCAAGACGGAGCCUAUGUUAUCUUCUGUGCGACCAACCAGACGCGGCUCUAAGAGAUGCAAUGCAAGCGCAAUGUGUGGUCCCAGAUUGGUCAACUGCUUUUUACAUGCAGGCAGUUGCCCUUGCAAAGCUGGAUAUGCACAAGGAUGCGGCGGAUAUGUUAAAUGAGGCUUCUGCUCUUGAAGAUAAGAAGCAGAAAGGUGGUGGCCGAUGAUCAUCAUAAUUUUUAGAAGAGAACCAAACACCCCCACACAAUUGUUGUUGUUUCUUGUUGGCUGUUGUUGUGUUAUAUAUGGAAAUUGAAAUUUGAAUCAUUUAUGUUAUGUAACUGGUCUGGUCUGGUGGUUGUCACUCCCCAUUUUUCUAACCUAGUCAAACAUUUGCUACUAAAUUGUUUUUUUUUUUUUUUGAAUUUCAACUUGUACAUCUGAGUGGGAGGUGGAUACAUGUAGUGUGUAAAGUUGCAGAAAAAGUUUUAAGAUGAUAAUAUGAGGAUCAGGCAACAUUAAUUGGAUUGAUUCAA